CAUACACAUCUCUCUACAUCUCUCUCUCUCUACAUCUCUCUACACAAGGCCAAAGUAGAGAGAGAAACAAGAGAGAGAGAGAGAGAGAGAGAUGAGGAGAUCAUCAACCACACUUCUCUUUGCCUUUUUCCUCUCCCUUCUUCUUCUACAGAGGCCCAUUUAUGCAUCUAAAAAGUCCUAUGUGGUGUACCUUGGAGACCACAUCCAUGGUGCAAGGGAGUCUCCUUCAGAAGUAGAAGGAGAAGAAGAAGAAUCAUACAACAAAAGAGUAACAGAGUCUCACUAUGAUCUCCUCUCCUCUGUUUUAGGAGACAACAAGGAGGCCCAAGAUGCCAUAUUCUACUCCUACACAAAUUACAUCAACGGAUUCGCGGCGAUGCUCGAAGAGGAUACGGCGAACGCAAUCGCAAAGUACCCUGGGGUGGUAUCAGUGUUUCCAAAUAGAGGGCACAAGCUACACACAACAAGAUCAUGGAAAUUCAUGGGGUUGGAGAGAGAUGGUGCAGGUGCAGUUGCAGGAAACUGAUUGGGGCGCGGUACUUCAACAAAGGCUACGCCGCAUUCGUUGGUGGGUUGAACUCGACCUUCGACACGCCGCGCGACACCGACGGCCACGGCACGCACACGCUCUCCACCGCCGGGGGGUCCUUCGUCCCCGGUGCCAAUGUCUUUGGGUAUGGCAACGGCACCGCUAAGGGCGGCUCACCCCGCGCCCGCGUCGUUGCCUACAAGGUUUGCUGGCCGCCGGUCAACGGUAGCGAGUGCUUUGACGCUGACAUCCUUGCGGCCUUCGACGCUGCCAUCCACGACGGUGUGGGCGUCAUCUCCGUCUCCCUGGGCGGCAACCCCGACAGCUUCUUUGACGACGGGCUGGCAAUCGGGUCGUUCCACGCCGUUCGGAAAGGCAUCACCGUCUCAUGCUCGGCCGGCAACUCCGGCCCAAUGCCCGGGUCGGUGUCGAACACCGCGCCGUGGAUAUUCACGGUCGGCGCAAGCACGAUGGAUAGGGAGUUCCCCGCGUACGCUAUAUUCGGUGAUAAAAAACUUAAGGGGCAGAGCCUUUCACCCACUAGAUUGGCUAAGAAUAAACUGUACCCAAUGGUUAGCUCCAAGGAUGCCAAGGCCGCGAACCAAUCGGAGAACGACGCGGAGUUGUGCUUCUUGGGGUCUCUGGACCCAAAAAAGGUGAAAGAUAAGAUAGUCGUGUGCCUGCGAGGGAUAAACGCGAGGGUGGAGAAAGGGGAGGCAGUGCUCGAGGCCGGCGGGGCAGGGAUGGUUCUUGCCAACGAUGUCACGACCGGGAACGAGAUCAUCGCCGACGCACAUGUCCUCCCCGCGACCCACAUCACCUACUCCGACGGCAAAGUCCUCUUCUCCUACCUCCAGUCGACUCAGUCACCUCAUGGAUACAUCACCAAAGCAAUAACAGAGCUCAACACAAAACCAGCCCCAUUCAUGGCUGCAUUUUCCUCACAAGGGCCAAACACAGUUAACCCUGAGAUCCUCAAGCCCGAUAUCACCGCACCCGGCGUUAGCGUGAUCGCCGCGUAUACGAGAGCGUCGUCCCCGACCGGGCUCGCGUUCGACCACCGCCGCGUCUCGUUCAACUCGGACUCGGGCACCUCCAUGUCGUGCCCUCACAUUUCCGGCGUCGUCGGGCUUCUCAAGACCCUGUACCCUCGUUGGAGCCCUGCGGCAAUCAAAUCGGCUAUCAUGACCAGCGCGAGAACACGAGACAACAAGGAAGAACCGAUGCUGAACUCGUCAUUUGUUCGGGCCACACCGUUUAGUUACGGUUCAGGCCAUGUUCGACCGAAUCGGGCCAUGGACCCGGGUCUCGUUUACGACCUAACCACGUCCGAUUACUUGAACUUCUUGUGCGCCCUAGGCUACAAGGCGGAUCAACUGGCCUUGUUCACAACCGGCACCGCACCGUACAAAUGUCCGGCCAAACCGAUCCGACUUGAGGACUUCAACUACCCUUCGAUCACUGUCCCGAACCUGUCGGGCUCGAUCACGGUUAGCCGUACCGUGAAAAACGUCGGACCCCCGGGCACGUACACAGUUCGGGUCAGACCACCUAAAGCGAUUCAAAUAGCAGUCCGUCCGAAGAGCCUGAAAUUUGAUUCUGUGGGCGAGGAGAAAAAGUUUCAGGUCACUCUGAAGGUCGAAAAUCGUGCCGCGGCCUCAGAUUAUGUUUUCGGGGUAUUGGUGUGGUCGGACGGAAAACGCUACGUGCGGAGUCCUCUAGUGGUGAAAGUAGCAAGGCGGAAACCCUAAUUAGGCGUCAUUUUUCUUUUUUAAGUUUUAUUAUUGCCAUGAAUUUAUUUUUUGGGGGUUUUUACGGGACAAUUGUAGAAAUAAGUGGUUUAUUAGGGUUUAGGAUUUGAUUCUUUAGGGGGGUUUCAAUAAUGGGAGUGUUGAAAAAGUAGUUGUUUGGAAACUUUAGGCUUUGUUUUCAUCCUUUCUCAAUUCUUAUUUUUCUAAGUUGUAAAAAAUGAUUCAGUUCAUUUUUUUCAAUUUGAAUAAUAUGUUUUUAGGAUAACCUUCAAUUUUUAGUA